AUGGAACUCAAUCGAGAACAUUUUCGCGCCAUAAUUUAUUACAACUUUCAGAGACAAUUAUCGCAACAAGAAUGCCUUGCUGAGUUACUGUCUGUUUUCGGCAACGAAGCGCCACAUCAGUCGACAAUUUACAGUUGGUAUGGAGAAUGCAAACGUGGACGGGUGAGUCUUAGCGACGAUCCCAGGGUGACUGCACCAAAAACGGCAGUCACCCAGGAAAACGUCGAUGCUGUGCGCAAACUCAUCAAUGAAGAUAGAGAUGCGACAUAUCCCGAGAUUGAGGCGUCCUUGAAGAUCUCAAAGAUGUCAAUUCAAAAAAUUUUACAUGAAGAAUUAGGAGUAAGUAAAUUAGUUUCUCGUUGGAUACCCCACCUGUUGACUGGAGAGCAGAAAGCCGAAAGGGCUAAUUGGUGUGAAGAAAAUCCAACAAAAAUGGUCGCGACAUUUGUGUCAAAAGCGGGUCAUAUUGCAACAAUUCCUCUUAAUGAACAAAGAACUGUUACUGCGGAUUGGUAUUCCGCCAUUUUUUUGCCAAAAGUCAUCACCGAGCUUCGAAAAAUCAACCCCGAAAGAAGAAUCAUCCUCAACCGAGACAAUGCAAGCUCGCACACAGCCCAAAAAACAAGGCGGUAUUUAACGGAAGAAAACGUGGAAUUAGUGGGCCAUCCUCCAAAUAGUCCCGAUCUAAGUCCUAACGAUUUCUUUACUUUCUCGAAAAUUAAAAACAGACUGCGUGGUCAAAGGUUGCAGUCACCAGAAGAAGCAGUUGACCCAUUCAAAAAUGCCGUUUUGGAUCUGCCAGCAAACGACUGGAAUAAGUGCUUCGAAAAUUGGUUCGAGCGCAUGUGUAUUAAUCUUUGUGGAGAAUACCUCGAAAAACAAUAA